UCUUAAACUCUUUCUUUAUCGGUCAUAUCUGUGCGAUUCCUUUCCGCAACAUGCAACUAUUUUUGUUAGUAUUUUAAUGUUCCAUGGAUCUCUAAUCCACCCCUCUCACUUCCUGCACUUCUCAGAAUUCCAUGGUUUCAUUCUGCAACCUCUUAUUAUUCUUCCUUCCAACACACUCCAUUCUCUUCUGUUAGUACUUCACUCUGAUUUAGCUUCCUUUUGUUUUCUUCUUUCUAGCUGAAGAGUUGAAAAGGACUUGAAGAUUCUGGCUUUUUAAAAAGGGAAAAUACUUGCUGUGUAGGCCUGUAUGUGUUUGUGUGUGUUUCAGAGUGUCAUUUGAGAAUGAGAUCUGUGGAAGAAAAGGGGUGCUAUGGUCAUCAAACGCAGGAGACCCCAAAUUCGAGUGCCGUUUACUUCGAGUUUCACAAGGGGACCAAUCGAACCACUUUGGGAAAACCCACACCAUCUAAGUGGGACGACGCUCAAAAGUGGCUCGUGGGGUUGUCGUCUUUGUCAAGAGGAGGCGAGAAAAGCCAGUCAAGAAACAAACCCAGAAACUCAAACGCAGAUGACCUGAGAUUAAUAGCUCCUCUUCCACAGAAAGAGCAAGAUUUUGACGAGAAAGAAGAGGAAGAGGAAGAAGAACAAGAACAGAGAGAAGAACACACCACAUCUUGUCAACGCGAGGUAGAGGAAACAAAGAAGGUGGAGUGCGACGAGUUGUUUUGGCGAAUCAACAAGCCAACGAGCCAAAACGCAGUAUGUGUUCGAUCGAUAUGUGUGAGAGAUAUGGGGACGGAGAUGACGCCUAUGGCAAGCCAAGAGCCUUCGAGAACGGCGACGCCGAUCAGAGCCACGACUCCGGCGAGUCGAAGCCCCAUUCAUUCAGGGACUUCGACGCCAUUGAGGAAUUCGAAUGGGGGUAAUAUUGGAAAUACAAAAAGUCAUGCGGCAGGAGAAUUGAGCCCCUCCGAGAAGAAGUCGGAGAAUCCAGCAAAGAAGUUAAGUCCUCUUGAAAGCAGAGCAUUGGCAUGGAAUGAAGCCGAACGGGCCAAAUAUACGGCACGGUUCAAGCGCGAAGAGGUGAAGAUUCAGGCGUGGGAAAACCAUCAGAUAAGAAAAGCUGAAAUGGAAAUAAAGAAAAUGGAGGUGAAAGCUGAGAGAAUGAAAGCGCGAGCACAAGAGAAGCUGGCAAACAAAGUGGCAGCAACAAGGAGGGUAGCGGAAGAGAAGAGGGCCAACGCAGAAGCAAAGCUGAAUGAGAAAGCUCUGCGGACUUCCGAGAGAGCAGACUACAUCCGAAGGACUGGACAUGUCCCUUCUUCUUUCUCUUUCACCUUCAAGUUUCCUUCCCUUUGCUGGUAGCUAUAUAUAUGUUGUUAUCAUGCAUUCACCUCUCUUACAGUCACAUUUUAAUUGCACAUAAUCUCACUCUUAUAUUUGCAAAACACGAAAUUAAUGUCCUUUUUAUCUUA